AUGAGUACAGCAGAGUGGAGCAUCAGCGCACUCUCCAGAGAGCAGGUUGCUCAUUGGAAAGGAGUUUUUGACAUCAUCGACCAAGAUCACGACGGAAAGAUCACAGAGGAAGAUAUCAAAAACACGUACAGCAGCCUCGGAUUGAAGGACGAGGGAGAGGCCCAAAAGAUGAUGGCAGAGGCUGGUUCUCACGGGCUGGUAUUUAACGGGUUUUUGAGACUGAUGGGCUCGAAAUACGGCGACUUCAGCGACCGCAGCGAGCUGGAACAGGUGUUUGCAACCUUCAAAGACGACUCCAAAACUGUGAACGCCGCAGAGCUCAACGAGCAUCUCACAAGCGUGAGCAGGACAAACCAGGAUAUUCAGUUGAGCAAGGAGGAUAUCAACAAAGUGCUUAAGGCGUUCAGUAAGAAGAGCGAUCUUACGGGAAAAACCGCCUUCGCAGCCGACAAGUUUAUCGACACGGUUUCACAUUAG